GCAAACAUAUUCAUUCUACAAUAUCACACCUUACUAUGUCGAAUCAGCCACCUACGCAACAACGCCCCAAUGUCGGCGCCGAACUCGGCGGCAUCUGGAAAGCCAUGAAUGGUGGCAAACAAUAUGUGCCUUUUGAAUCAGCGACACAAACACAGCCUCAACCCGCGGCAACUACACAAACAAGACCAACACAAACGGCAGACGAUUAUAUCAUGGCGCGGCUAUUAGCAGGACAAAACAAGCCCAAGAAGUCAUGGUACAAACGCGUAUGGAACGGCCUGAAACCUACCAAUGACAACUUUCACACCGACGCCGGCUACGCUCGCCCUACCAACCCAUGA